CAGUUCCCUACCGCAUUUGUAAACAAACUAUUUGUAGCUCUUACUUUAUUGCAAAUUAAAUUAAAAAAAAAAAACAGUCAAGAUGGGUAAAAGGCAGCAUCAAAAGGAUAAAAUGUACCUCACGUACACGGAGUGGAGUGAGCUGUAUGGCGGUAAAAAAGUGGAAUCCUUGGAGAACGACCAUGUCAAGUUCAAGCGGCUGCCAUUCGAGCACUGCUGCAUUACGAUGGCGCCAUACGAGAUGCCCUACUGCGAUCUACAGGGCAAUGUGUUCGAGUACGAGGCCAUUCUUAAGUUUCUCAAGACCUUUAAGGUGAACCCCAUCACCGGGCAGAAGAUGGACUCCAAGUCAUUGGUAAAGCUGAAUUUCCACAGGAAUGCCAACGAUGAGUACCACUGCCCCGCCUUGUUCAAGCCCUUCAGCAAGAAUUCGCACAUUGUGGCGGUGGCCACAACUGGAAAUGUAUACUGCUGGGAGGCAAUCGACCAGCUGAACAUCAAGACAAAGAACUGGAAAGAUCUGGUGGAUGACACGCCAUUCCAGCGUAAGGACAUCAUCACCAUACAAGACCCUCAGAAGCUGGAAAAGUACGACAUCUCGACCUUCCAUCACAUUAAGAAGAACCUACGAGUUCUGACGGAAGAAGAGCAGCAAGAGAGAAAGAAUCCAGCCAGCGGGCGCAUUAAGACUAUGAAUCUGGAGACCAAGGAGACGCUGGAACAGCUGCAGCAGGACUAUCAGCCAGCGGAAGAGGAGGCCUCCACUUCGAAGCGUACAGCCGACAAGUUCAACGCAGCUCACUAUUCAACUGGAGCGGUGGCGGCCAGUUUUACGUCUACCGCCAUGGUGCCCGUUUCCCAAAUAGAGGCGGCAAUCAUAGAUGAUGAUUUGGUCAAGUACGAGCGGGUAAAAAAGAAGGGCUACGUUCGUUUAAAUACGAACCUUGGCCCUCUCAACCUGGAGCUAUUCUGCGAUCAAACUCCUCGAGCCUGCGAUAACUUCAUCAAACAUUGUGCCAAUGGUUACUACAAUAAUGUUAUGUUUCACCGGUCCAUAAGGAAUUUUAUUGUGAGUACGAUCUCUGUUGAGGAAAACCUUAAUUUAUUAUGGUUUUUGCUGCAGGUGCAAGGAGGUGAUCCCACUGGAAGUGGUUCUGGUGGCGAGUCCAUUUGGGGCAAGAAGUUUGAGGACGAGUUUAAGCCAAAUCUUACGCACACGGGCCGAGGAGUGCUAUCCAUGGCCAAUUCGGGACCAAAUACCAACGGCUCUCAGUUCUUUAUCACCUACCGCUCUUGCAAACAUCUCGACGGCAAACACACCAUCUUCGGAAAGCUUGUCGGUGGAUUAGACACUCUUCAAAAAAUGGAGAACAUCGAGGUGGAUAACAAGGACAGACCAAUUGAGGACAUCAUCAUUGAGUCCUCACAGGUAUUUGUGAAUCCAUUUGCUGAGGCAGCUGAACAGUUGGCCAAGGAGCGCGAGGAGGAGGCGGCCGGCAAGGAGGAGAUUGUCAAGAAGGAGGAGCAGCAAAAGCGAAUGAAGGAGCCACUGAAGGUGUACAGAGAGGGCGUGGGCAAGUACCUGAAACUUCAGACAGUGGCUAAAAAGCCAGAGGCGCCACUUACAUCCGCUCAAGGAGCCAAGAAGAAGAAACUGGCGAAUGGUUUUGGAGAUUUCUCCAGUUGGUAAACCCUUGUUCUCCAAAAAUAAAAGUUUAAAAGACAGUUUUAGAAGUAAAAGUAA